AUGGCUAUCGGUGCAGGGAUGUCUUGCGUGAAAUACUUGUUAUUCUCCUUCAAUCUUUUGUUUGCGAUUACGGGACUGAUAAUUCUUAUUGUUGGUGCCAAGUCUGAGAUCAAUGCACAUCCAUAUGUUGAUCUCACUGAUGAGAGUUUCUACACCUCGGCCCCCGUAAUCCUGAUCAUAGUUGGUUUGAUUGUGUUUGUGGUCGCCUUCUUCGGUUGCUGCGGUGCUGUCAAGGAAAACCAUUGCAUGAUAGUCACGUUCUCGGUGUUCCUGUUGAUGAUCUUCAUAGCGGAGAUGGCUGUCGGCAUCGCUGGUUACGUUAAACACAAGGAUCUGGAGACGUCCAUCGUGCGCACCUUGAACGAGUCCAUCACACACUACUCCACAGACCCCGACGUGCAGAAGAACUACGACAUCAUACAGACAGAUAUGCACUGCUGUGGUAUAUACGGCUAUGAGGACUGGGCCCAUACAAACCAGAGCCUCCCCACCACAUGCUGCGGGGCCCACGAGCUGGUGGAGGGGAGCGCUGUGGCUUGUACUGUGACGUCACCAGGGUUAUACACGCGAGGAUGUCUGCCUCUCAUACUGGUUAAAUUACAAGACAUUGCGCUAGUGUUGGGAGGUGUUGGACUUGGGAUAGCGUUUGUUCAAUUACUCGGCGUGAUAUUCGCCUGCUGCCUCGCUCGCUCGAUCCGCAGUCAGUAUGAGACAGUAUAA